AUGGAAAAGUAUGGCUAUCAAAAAACACCUAACAAACCGCUUAGCAAAAGGAUAGUGUUCACGGAUGAGGAUGAUGAUAAUGAGGUCGUUGAAGUCAAAGAGAGCAGAGCUGUGGAGAAGAAACAGGGUGCAAAAUCUGAGCAGAUGCAAAACGGAGAAAGAAAAAGACCUUACCAUAAAGAUGCUAAGCUUAAGCCGUGGAGAAUGAUCAUAAGAAAUCUGCCGUUCAAGACCAAGAAAGAAGACUUGCAAAAUGUUUGCUCUAAGUUCGGUGUUUUCACGGAAAUCGUUUUGCCUGCGUCGAAGAAGAUGCCAGGACGUAUCGCAGGUUUCGCAUUUGUACAAUUCAAAUCGAGAGAAGCUGCCGAAAAAGCUAAGGAUUACUUCAAUGCCAAUAAGUUUCAGGAUCGCAUGGUGGCUGCUGAUUGGGCGUUGCCAAAGGACACCUAUGAAACUGCUGCCGAAGAAGAGCGAGAACAGCUCAAAAAGAAGAUUAAGCUGGAAAAAGAAGAUGAUGCUAAGGACGUAAAAAAAGUAAAGCCGGAAUCUUCAAGUUCCAAGGGCGUUCAAAAAUUAAGGAGCCAAGAUGAUAACGACGAAAGUGAGGAUGAGAGCGAUGAAGAGAUUGAAGACGGGAAAGAUAGAGUAAGUGGAUCAGACGAUGAGGAUAAUGACGAGGAAAGUGGAAGUGAAGACAGUGAAGACGAUGGGAGAACCAAAAAAGAUGUAGCGAUUGACGAACAACGUGUGGUGUUUUUGAGAAAUCUCUCGUUUGAUACAACUAAUGAGACCCUGAAAGCUGAAAUGGAGAAGUAUGGGGAAGUGAAACUGGCGGUCUGCUGUAAAUUCCGUGAAAGUGGACAUCCGAAAGGCACUGCAUUCGUUCACUUUUCUUCAGCGGACGAAGCAAAGGCAUGUCUGGAUGCUAUUGAAAAAGGGCUAGAGAUUGAUGGCCGAGAAAUCAAAGGAUCAAUAGCAAUCCAGCGAGAAAAUGCAGCAGAAAUCCAGAAACGAAAAAGUGUCAAGGUCCCAGAAGACAAAAGGAAUCUCCGUUUGAUUCGGUUUGCACUAAUCCGUGAAGGAACUUCUGCAGCUAAAGGAAUGAGCUCGGAAGAUGCGCAUAAAAGGCAACGACUUGCAGAAUUGUCUAGAAAGAAGCUGGAGAAUCUUCAUAUGUUCGUGUCACCUACUCGACUGAUGAUCCACAACUUGCCGAUGUCAAUCACUGAUGAGAAAUUGAAACAGAUUUGUCGCGAUGCAACAGGAUGUGCUGGAGUUAUUACAGAGUGUCGUAUUUGGAAGGAUACUUCUAAAGUUGAUGCGAAUGGAAAUCCGCGAUCAAAAGGUUUUGCAUUUGUUAAUUUUGCUGAGCACAAAGAUGCGCUUGCGUGUCUGCAAAAGCUCAACAACAAUCCUACCACGUUUACCAACGAAAAACGACCCAUAGUGGAGUUUUCUAUAGAAAAUCUGCAGGCCAUUCGGGCAAAGGCAAGACGAGCAGCUAGUAGUAAAGGAGAAAAGUUGACGGGACGAGAGUUGAGCGAAAAAGUUAGGCAACAGGUCAAACAGUCUAUCGGUGAGGUACAUGCCUCAGGAAUGAAGGUGAUGCCGAAGUUCCUUGGGAAAAAGAUGCGGCAUAAGAAUAUGAGUAAGACGCAGCUAAGAAAAAAGAAUCUGGGUAAGAAGAAGGAGAAGAGGAAGCAGGAGUCCUUGGCCAGCGAUGUUGCGGCGAAGAAGCCAAAAGGAAAGAACAAGAAACGUCUGACUAAAUAUCUCACCUUAUCUUCGUAA